GUCGACUCAUGAGUCGAACCGAGUCCUCUCAACGCCUCGGUGCUUCAAGAAGCUUCACCUGCCCAGAUGCGCGACAGCCUCGACAAUAACAGUGACCGGAGCACGCGGCUCGUGAGUGGAGCCACCGUGGUGAGGCGCCGAGCCUGGCGGCGUCACCCCGCCGCUCCGGCUCAGUCUGGGCCCGGACUCUGGGGGAGCUCGCUUACCUCUUCAUCUCACCACGAGACACCAGGAGACACACGCGCGACACCGAGGGGCGACACCGAGGGACGACGACGGCGUUCCUCGCUCUGGCUCCGGCGCCAUCUGUCGACUGCCGACGCGCCGGAAGAGUCCGAGCGCCCCCGCCGGUGUGGAGGGGGAGCGCGUGCUCAAUGGAGCUGUUGGCACAGAGGCCCGGCCGCUGCGAGACGACAGCGGGCUGGAGAACAAGAAAGCGAUGGAACGUUCCGCGCGUCUUUGGAGGGGCGGGGCAUGAAGCGAGCGACGUUCGCUGACGUCACGAGGCCCAACAGCGGCGACGCUGGGUGCGGUCCCGCGUGGCGACGGCAGGGGGCAGUGUGGGACCGCAGACGGCCGACCAGGUGAGUGGGGCGAGAGCGCGCGCGCGCCAGACGACACGCGCGAGCCCACAUUCCGGAGGUGAGCGUGAACGCGCCUGGUGGCUGCAUGAACGGAUCCUCGGCGAGGUUGGCUCGCGGCGUCGGUCGGCGCCCGGUGAUUGGCGGGCGGACCCCGCCCCUUCCAGAUGUGCGCAGCGCCCGCGCUCGGACUCGGAGGAGGCUCUCGGCGCUCCCCGCCCACGUGACCAGCAGCAGAGCGUCGGAAUUGUGCGGACGGCACCUGCUGGUGCGCGCUGCGGAGAGAGGCGGGAGCGGUGGGCAGCAGCAGCAGCAGCGAGCGAGCGAGCGAGCGAGCGAGCUGGGAGCGGUUCCGCGGAGCGGCGCGCGCUCCUCCGUGCUCGAGCCGUCGGAUCUACCUGCGGAUCGAGAGGAGUGUUGCGGGCUCAUGGAGGGUCGAGGAAGCGCUGCUGGGACGUGACAUGGCAGCGCAGAGCCCCAACCCCGCACCAUCCUCACCCUCGCUCACCAUGACUUCUCUGUCCGGGUCCAAGGACAGAACCGUGAGCAGCAGGUCCAGGAAGUUGGCGAUGCCCGACACCUCUCCGACCAAGUCCUCCUCCUUCUUCCCGGACUCGUGGUACCGGAAGCCCUAUGAGGAGACCACAAGGUCCAGCUCCCGGCCCCCGCCCGAGGGUGCGGGUUCUAUGCCAAGCUCCACCGGGACGCCAUCCCCUGGAUCAGGGAUCUCCUCGCCUGGGUCCCUGUCAGGAUCACCCGGGACUACUUCACCCGGGAUUGGGACGGGAUCUCCGGGUUCCCUUGGCGGCUCCCCAGGAUUCGGCACUGGUUCGCCGGCCUCUGGCAGUGGGAGUUCGCCGGGAAGCGAGCGCGGGAUUUGGUGCGAGAACUGCAACGCUCGGCUGUCGGAGCUGAAGAGGCAGGCGCUGAAGCUGCUGAUCCCCGGGCCCUUCUCCAGCAAGGACCCGACCUUCCCCCUGCUGCUCCAGGACAAGCUGCAGGUGCCCAACAGCUGGCGGCGGGCCUGGAGCGAGCGCGACAGCCGCUGCGAGGUGUGCGGCACUCACCUGACCCAGCUCAAGCAGGAGGCCGUGCACAUGCUCCUCACCCUGGAGCACUGGGACCUGUCCCCUCCCUCCUCGCCCCCCGCCCUGGCCGGCCGUGCCGCCGGCUCGCGGGAUUGGCCCCCGCCCUUCCUCCCUUCGUCCUCCGACUUCCGCUGUCCUUCUCCGAGUCCCAACCACACGUCCGCCCCGAGCCCCGGCCAGGGAAGCCCUUCUGCUGGGCAAAGCACCUCCUCGCCGACGUCUCUCGGGCACAAACUGGGCUCCAAGCCCAGCUCGCUGAGACUCGGCGGCGGGCCGGAUCGGAGGAACGGGUCGCAGAGCUCAGGGAAACUGCCGGGAGUCCAGCAUCAGCAGCCCGGUUCUGGAGACAACAGUCCAGGGCAGAACAACGGAGCUGCACCGGCACCAGGCCCGGCAGCUCAGCAGCUCCAGAACCUGCCGAACGGAGGCGUGACGCUGUUCCCGUACCAGACGGCAGAAGGGCCCAGAGAAGGUCCGACCGAAGCGGCCCUGAGCCGCUGCGACAGCGUCCCUCCGCCCAACACCAGCUCUCCGUCCCACGCCUCCAGCGCCGCCUCCUUCUUCGCCCGAGCAGCACAAAAACUCAACCUGACCAGGAAGAAGAAGCAGAAGAGCGCCCCCCCACCGGUGACAUCAUCACCUGUGCCAUGUGACCCCCCGAUGUUCCCCACCAACUUCUGCUCCAGCCUGCUGACGGCACCGCCCCCCGCCCCGCCCUGCCUCCUGCGGGCAGCCAAUAAAAUCAAGGACACGCCUGGGCUUGGGAAGGUGAAGGUGAUGGUGCGAGUGUGUCCCGUGUCGCAGUCCGACGUGGCCGAGUCCAGUUCCUUCCUCAAGGUGGACCCCAGGAAGAAGCAGGUGACCAUCAUGGAACCUUCCGCCACACAGACGUCCAGAGGCACGCCCCAGAAGAGGGGCGGGGCCAGCCAGGUGCCUCCCAAGAUGUUCAGCUUCGACGCCGCCUUUCCUCCCGACGCCUCGCAGGCCGAGGUGUGCGCGGGCACGGUGGCGGAGGUGAUCCAGUCGGUGGUGAACGGCGCAGACGGCUGCGUCUUCUGCUUCGGACACUCCAAGCUGGGGAAGUCCUACACCAUGAUCGGGCGCCACGACUCGCUGCAGACCCUGGGAAUCAUCCCCUGCGCCAUCUCCUGGCUCUUCAAGCUCAUCGACGAGCGGAAGGAGAAGACGGGCGCUCGCUUCUCCGUCAGAGUGUCCGCCGUGGAGGUCAGUGACCCCUGGAGGUUUGGGCUCCCGCGCCCGCGCCAACACCUGUGUGUGUGGCAGGUGUGGGGUCAGGAGGAGAACCUGAAGGACCUCCUGUCCGACGUGGCCACGGGCAGCCUGCAGGACGGCCAGUCCCCGGGGGUCUACCUCUGCGAGGACCCCAUCUGUGGGAUGCAGCUCCAGAACCAGUCGGAGCUGCGAGCUCCCACCCCAGAGAAGGCGGCCUGGUUCCUGGACGCCGCCAUCGCGGCUCGACACGCCGGCCAGGAGCAGCAGAGGAACUCCCACAUGCUCUUCACCCUGCACCUCUACCAGUACCGCGUGGAGAAGGCCGGCAAGGGAGGAAUGUCCGGCGGCCGCAGUCGCCUCCACCUGCUGGACCUGGGCAGCUGCCACGGCAGACUCCUGGGGAACCCAGCCGGCGGCAGAGCCAAGGACGGCCCCGCGGCUCCUCUCUGCCUGUCGCUGUCGGCGCUCGGCAACGUCAUCCUGGCACUGGUCGACGGCAGCAAGCACAUCCCCUACAAGGACAGCAAGCUGACCAUGUUGCUCAGGGAGUCGCUAGGCAACAUGAACUGCCGAACCACCAUGAUCGCUCACAUCUCCGCGUCUCCUGGGGAUUUCUCCGAAACUCUGUCCACCAUCCAGAUGGCCUCCCGUGUCCUGCGCAUGAAGAAGAAGAAGAGCAAGGUGACGGUGCAGUACACGUCCAGCUCGUCCGGCGGCGAGAGCUCGUGCGAGGAGGGUCGGAUGAGGCGGCCCACCCACCUGCGCGCCUUCCAUCACCGCGCCCACGCCGACUCGGACCACCCGCUGCUGCGUCUGUCCAGCGACCCGGACGAAUACUCCAGCAGCGAGCAGUCAUGCGACACCGUCAUCUACGUGGGCCCCAGCGGCGCGGCAGGGUCAGACCGAGAGCUGACGGACAACGAGGGUCCGCCGGAGUUCGUCCCCAUCGUCCCGGCUCUGCUUCGGGCCAAGGCCGAGCCGCACCAGCUCACGGCACCCUGUGAAUCGGAGGUCCAGGACCAGCCUGCCGGGGCCCCGCCCACUCCGCCGUGUCUCCUGGCUCAGCCGCUGGCGCCGGUGCCAGAAGAAGCGGCCGAGUGCCUGAAGUGCAACACCUUCGCUGAGCUCCAGGAGCGGCUGGACUGCAUCGACGGCAGCGAGGAGGUGGCCACCUUCCCCUUCGAGGAGCUGCCCGUGGCUCUACAAGCUGCCAAGCAGGACCCGGCUCCGGAUCCCGCUCCAGAGUCCAGACCCGGCCAGUCAGAGUUCCUGGGCGGUUCAGGAUGGGGGAGGACCGACGACCAGCAGCUGCAGGAGCUCCAGGAGGUGGUGUCGGAGGCGGAGCUGGCCCGGACCAUGAUCCAGCGUCUGACUCAGGGUUGUCCUGUCCUCGGCCGGAGCGUGACGGGAAGCGGCGCCGGCCACCUGCUGCAGAGAGCCAGUGGCGGCCAGCUGAGCGACAGCGCCGAGAGCCUGAGUCUGUGCGGCGCCGCCGAGGGCCGAGCUCGUCCCCUGGGCUCUCCCAGGCUCGGCGUGGCCAGUCUGACCAAAACCUCCGACUACAGGCCGCCGUCCUCGCCCUCUCACAGGUGUAAAGUCUACACUCAGAAAGGGGUGGUCCCGGCACCCCCCCCCCUCCCCGUCCAGGAACCUCUCACCUCAGACAGCAGCCUGGCGGCAGACAGCGGCCGCUCCUCCACCGAGUCGCUGCUGUCCAGAGGCUCCCCGGUGGGCAUGGGCCCCCAGGCCAGAGAGCCCCCCCUGUCAGCCAGUCUGGGAUCUGCCGAGACCCUCUGUGAAGACCACGUCCCGCCUCUUCCUCUGGACCCUCGCAGGGAAGGGCCGGGCGCCGGGGCCUCAGUCUCGGGUGAAGAGCAGGAGCUGCCAGAGGAUGUGGGACUCCCCUCCGAAGGGCUGGAGCGAGUCCUUCUGCGUCCAGAACCCGACUCCGGCGUCACAGAGGUGGUGGCCAUGGCCGAGGUGGCCAUGGCGAGGCUCCGGAGCGACGGCGCCGUUCUGCCGUCGGCCGCGUCCUUCUGCGGCUCCUCGCUCUCGUCCUGGAUGAGCGACCUCAGCGUGGCCGGCGAGGCCGACCCGUCGCUCCACAGGGGUCUGCAGGCCGGAGACACGCUGAGGAAGAUGCCGCCGUCCAUGGCCAAGACCGCCAUACAGUCUCUGGGCGGAGUGUCCGUCCCUUCCCCAGGGAAAAAGCCCAGCCUGGGGCAGGAUAGUGGCGACCCCUGGCUGAGGCGGGGACUGGAUGGAGAGGGCGAGGAGCUUCAGUGGCGAGAAGGUCUGGACCCGCCCACUUCAGCCGGGGACUUUGGGAGAGUGGCGGACGGCUGUGAAGCGGUCUGCCUGCGAGGAGACGGCGCGGCCGGCAGGUACGAGCCGGACCUCCACCGCACGGCCAGCCUUCCUCGCGGCUGGCACCAACUCAACCGCCACGACGGCCCAGAGCCCGGACCAGAGCCCCGGUCCACGCCCUGCAGUCCCCUGGCCACCCUCAAGAGGGCCGGAGCCCCACCUGCGCCUCCAGUCCGGAGGUCCAGCCUGGACCAGCGGAACAGAGCGGGGCGGGGCUCGGGCCUGGAGAGCAGCAGGCUCUUCAGCGCCAAGCUGGAGCAGCUGGCCUGCAGGACCACCUCUCACGGCUCCCACUACCACUGCCUCUCCCUGGAGAGGGGCGAGACCCUGAGGGCGGGAGGGGGCGGCGGCCGCAGCCUGGUGCGCGCCGGCUCCGUCUCCUGCUCCGCGGGCAGCAACUACCACGGUCUCUGCGCCGGCAGCGCCACGCGCAGCGCCCCCCAGUCUCCGGCCAAAAGCAGCAGCCAGUCCAAGAUCUCGGCCGUCAGUAAGCUGCUGAUGACCAGCGGCCCCAAGUCCAGAAGCCUGUCGGCCUCCGGCACCAGGACCCUGAGUUUCUCCUGCAAGUCCCUGAGCUCCAGCCCGCCCCCUAAUGGAAAGGCAGCGGGACCGAACCCUGCGCCGCCGCAGGGACAGACCUGCGCGACCUGGUCCACGCAGUCGCUCAGCCGCAGCCGCGGCGGGAGCCUGGCCGCCAAGCUGCCGCCGCGAGCCGUCAACAGUCGCAUCUCGGAGCUGCUGCAGGGGAGCGCGGCGGCCCGGACCAGAGGCGAGGAGCGGGGCGCGGCCAGCGAGGCCCCUGGAGCUGCCGAGGAGAAGAGCCUUCCCUCCCCGUACAGCAAGAUCACGGCGCCCAGGAAGCCCCAGCGCUGCAGCAGCGGCCACGCUAGCGACAACAGCAGCGUGCUGAGCGGCGAGCUGCCCCCCGCCAUGGGGAAGACGGCGCUCUUCUACCACAGCGGCGGCAGCAGCGGCUACGAGAGCAUGCUGCGCGACAGCAGCGAGAACACGGGCAGCGCGUCCUCCGCCCAGGACUCCCUCAGCGAGCACAGCGCCGCGUCCAGACGCAGCUCCAGGAGCGGCAAGAAGAGCCGCGGCGGCACAGGCCUCCAGCGCCGGCGCCUGACCCCAGCUCUGACCUCAGACUCCUCCUCCUCCUCCAAACAAGGCGCCACCUCGUCCUCGUCCUCGUCCUCCAGUCCGGGCGCCUGUUGGGUGGACGGUCCUCUGGGACCCCCCACCUCCAGCGGCCUGCGUGCCCAAGCUGCGACAGAGGCCUUCGAGAUCAAGGUGUACGAGAUCGACGACGUGGAGCGGCUGCAGAGGAGGAAGGAGCGAGCGGCGAGCACGGAGCUGGUGCACGUCAGCGCGAAGCUCCGCCUGCUGGAGAACCGGCAGCAGCGCAUCGGCGAGGUCCGGGCCAAGUACCAGCAGCUGAAGAAAGAGCUGGACCAAACCAAGCAGCACCUGAUGCUGGAGCCACAGACCUGGACCUCCGAGUUCCAGCUCCAGCAGGUCCACCAGGCCGACUCUCUGGAGUACCUGGCCGCUCUGGAGACGCUGACGGACAAGCUGGAGACCCGGGUCAACUUCUGCAAGGCCCACCUCAUGAUGGUCACCUGCUUCGACGUGUCCUCCAGGCUCUCCGCGGUCUGAGCCGCUCAGGACAGGCGGUGUGAUGAGGAGGACCCGGGCUCGCUUCCGACUCAGCAUGCAUGAAUCAUGGGACCAAACCAGAGGGAGUUCACCAUCGCUGCUUUUCUAGGUCACCAGUGGUUCACCGGCUCCUCUCCUCGCUGCGAGUCGGGGAGCGGAGCAUUUUCUCAGCAUGUGUCGAACUGAGCCGCCGACCUGCCGUUGUCAUGGCGACGCGUCCGUCCGCGUGGUUUCUACCUUCCUGUGAUGUGUGUAUUUCCCGUCUGCCUGCUUCUGUCUCGGUCCCAAUAUAAACCUCUGAAGGAGCCGUGCCUUCGUCCCCGCUCCCUGUGAAGGUCGUGACCUUGGCGACAACACCGGAACUGAAGCAGAGAGCCGAACUUUAUUGGUGAGGCCGCUCCAGCUCGCGGCGGCACUCCUCCACCCGGGUCAGUAGGUCGGCGGCCAGAGGAGCCUCGCCGCCGUGCGUCACCCGCACCACCUGGAAGGCCUGGAGCAGCGGGGAAGAGCGUGAGCCAGGCUCUGACCUGCGGCAGGACGGAGGCCUCUCACCUGCCCGAAGGUGCCCAGGGCCUCCUGGAGCCGGCCCAGGUGAUGCUGCAGCCUGGCCACGCGCAGCAGCUGCAGCCCCAGCACCGGGUGAGGGUCGGGGAAGUGCUUCCUGGAGGACAGGCGGGGCGUGGAUGAGUCACAUGGGCAGCCCAGGGGCCCCGCCCCCUCACCUGUAGGCAGGAAGCGUCUCCUCCCCGAGCGCCGCCGCUUCCUCCCACAGCUGCAGCUGCACGGCGGCGUCCAGAGCCAAAUCCGUGACCCUGAGCUUGAAGACGUUCUCCUGGGGCAGGUCGGCGCCGGCGCCGCUCAGCAGGGUCCGGCAGGCGUGGCGGAGGGCGGCCCAGUCUGGAGCGCAGCUGAGGAGAGCACGGAGGCGGUGGCGGCGAGAGAGAGAGCGGGCGGCGAGAGAAGGAUACUGCACUGGCUCUUCAGCUGCUCCAGGCUCCGGAGCUGCUCUCGCAAAGAGCUCCAGGACGACUGGGGUCCAGACAGCAGCAGCUGGUCCUGCAGACACAUCACGCCUCAGCCUGAGCUGCUCCGGGGCGGAGACACCAGGACACCUCACCCAGCCAGUGGGCGGGCGAGUGAAUGAGCGAGCGGGGAGUCACCGAGUCUGUGGACUGGCAUCUGCUGCAGCGGCAGCUGAAGUGGAACUGCUCCUGAAGCUGCUUCUGACGACCUUGAGAGUCCAGCAGCGUCUCGAUGUAACUGAUGGUGAGCUGGGCGCGUCAGACAGGGUCACACACACAGGCAGCACUGUGGGGACCGUGCUCUCUCUCUCUCUCCUCACCUCCUCCCCCGGCCGCAGGUCCCUCACGGCCCUCAGCUGAGCGCGAGGCCCCUCAAACAUCAGCGCACAGUUGGGCCGGCACUCGUGGUUCAGCAGCGAGAAACUGAGGAGCAGAGCAGAGGACGAGUCGGACCUGGAGCCUCCACUAGUCACACAGCACCAGACUCAAACGUCCCCUCUGGCCUUGUGGGGACCGCUCCUGCCCAGCACCCUGGACGUUUCCACCCUCAAAUCUCUGUGUGGACCGGCCAAAAUGUCCACACAAGAUGCGUGUCUUGUCACAGACUGGUCCCCACAAGGACGCCAGUACACGCCCACACACACACACACACACAGUGUCGGAACAAAGCGGCGUCCCAGAUGUCGGCGGCAGAUUUUUGCGCUCAGUGAUGUUUGUUUUGACAGUUUCUCUUCUGUUGUCAACAAAAACAAACAUCAAAGGCCGUCUCCCCUCCCUGUGUCCCCGUUAUUCACGCCGUCAUGUCAGGCAACACCUGGACACCAGGGCCAGCGGACGGACGGACGCGGAGCAGCAGCUCCACCGCUCGUCUCCAAGACACUGUCCUGUGUGUUUGGGGCGGUGGGGGCGGGUCUCACCUGGGGUAAAGGCCCACUCCAACCUCCUGCAGCUCCUCAUCACUGAUGGUGAAGCAGUUGCACGACACCUGCAGAGCAGACAGGGGGCAGCAGUGAGAACAAUCCUUCCACCCGCAGCCUGAGCUGCACCACCAAGCUGGUCCUAUAAAGGGGGGAGAGGGAGGAGAGAGGGAGAGAGAGAGAGAGAGAGGGAGGGAG